GCUGCCCUUGGCCGGGGCUAAGGCGCGCGGCUCGUCUUGGAGACUUGGGGUCGAUCAAGGAUGGGGUCUUCACUCUGGGCUUCUCAGGGAGCCGCCGUGAAAAAGAAAGUGGUGCAAAGACACUACGCGUGACCCGGAGCGCGUCUGGGGGAAAUGGAGGAGCGGAUGGGGAGAAGCUAACCAGACUACCCCAGCCGUGGGGACGCCGGAGGCGCACCUCAAGGGUCCCUGGAGAGCUCUGUUGAGAACAGCGGCGAGGACAUGAGGAGCUUUCAGUCCGCCCUGCUCAAGGCUGGCAUCAGGGCUGGAGGCGACCUACGACGUUGAAGGUUGCAAGUAGGGUACCGCCGGAGGGCAGCGCCAUGGCCAGAGAGGAGUGCAAGGCGCUGCUGGACGCGCUCAACAAGACCACAGCGUGCUACCAUCACUUAGUGCUUACUGUGGGCGGCUCCGCGGACACUCAGGACCUACGCGAAGAGCUGCAGAAGACCCGCCAGAAGGCGCGGGAGCUGGCCGUGGCCACCGGCGCCCGGUUGACCGUCGCGCUCCGGGACCGGAGCUUAGCUACCGAGGAGCGCGCGGAGUUUGAGCGGCUCUGGGUGGCCUUUUCAGGCUGCCUGGACCUGCUCGAAGCCGACAUGCAGCGCGCACUAGCGCUGGGAGCCACCUUCCCGCUGCACGCGCCGCGCCGGCCACUUGUUCGCACUGGGGUGACGGGCGGCUCCUCUGCUGUAGCUGCGCGCGCCCUGAGCGCCCGCAGCCUGCGGCACGAAGCGGAGAGCGACUUCGAUGUCGCCGAUCUGCCCCAGUUGGAGCGCGAAGUCCUCCAGGUGGGCGAGAUGAUUGACGACAUGGAAAUGAAAGUCAACGUGCCCCGCUGGACUGUACAGGCGCGACAAGCGGCAGGCGCCGAACUCCUGUCCGGUGCCAGUGCCGGCGCGUCCUCAGCCGGUGGCAUUUCGGUAGAGGAGCGCGCGGGCCCCUGCGACCCCAGCAAGGCCCUGGCUGCCACCGUUUUCAGCGCCGUGCUGUUGGUGGCUGUGGCCCUCGCCUUAUGUGUGGCAAAGCUGAGCUGACUGAUAUCCAACGGUCGUCCGCUGCCCCUUUUCUUUCCAGGGCAUGGGCUUCGGGUUUGAACCGUUAAGGAGAGAGGUAGUGAGCCUGAAUGUGUGCAUAUGAACAUGAUCCUUUCAAAGCCCACCUCUGCCUGGGCAAAACGUGUUUUGUUUUUUAACAUGCUGGCCCAAGAGGAGUUAACAGCACAGGGCGGCCAGGCCAUUACCUCUAAUGUCUGUAGGAGCUUUACCUCCUAUUAAUAGAAAUCGGUCCACAGUGACCCCAGGUCCCUCUGAGUUUGAUGGGUUAAGACGUAUGUCCCAAGUUUGGUGCCCUCACGCUGGUUGGUAGCACUCAUUCUGUUUUAGACGAGACAAUUUUGUUAAGGUGUGGGGUUGUAUCAAGCAUAGUGGUGGUGGGGGAGGGAGACAUUUUGUUCCCUAGACAAGAAACCAGUUGCAGUAAGAUGCGCGUGGGUUUUGUUACCUUAAUCCUUUGGGGCCUAGGCUUUGGGAGUGUGUACGGAUAGAGGCUCGUGCAAAGUGCUUUCUCUGUGAUACACUACUGCACUUGGCAGAGCCUGCCUAUUAGUCACCAGGAGCUGCAGCUAUGAGAGGUUUUUGUGUCGUGACCCCAUUUAGGGUCACAGCCAAGAAGGUUGUGGUGUAUCCUCUGCACACUUGCUUCAAGAGAAGACCGCUCCAUACUCAUCCCCGGAUGGGGGAGGGACAGGAUGGUGCUGCUUUGGGAAGGGCCACACGGCUAUGUAAACAGGCACGUUCUCCUUCUCACCGGCUUACUUUAUCCCAGAAUUAGACCACAGUGUUUGACCCUCCUUUGAGGGAGGGCUGGGGAAUCCUCUUUGAAGCUCUUAAUCCUAUCUAUCCCUGGAAUUUACUCGAUAGCCAAUAGGAACGCUAGUUUUCUAGAGAGCUGCCCAACUGUCUGACCCCAUGUUACAGGGAAGGGCGAUGCUGGUAUCACUAGUAACCAGGGGUUGUGAGCCUGGCAGCUGAGUUCAAAAUGUAACAGCUUUAAUUUGGAAUUUAAAGAGCUUUAAACACUCGCAUGCGUACACACACACACACACACACACACACACACACACUAUCUGAAAGAAUGUAAGCACGUUAGUACCAAAGUUGGGUUGCAUGUUUGUUUUUGUAUAAAGGAAACUGGGCCACAAGCUCAUAGAUGCCAAGUGAGUCAAGCUUAGAGAACUUUUACAUUGUAUAUGUAGUCUGCUAAAUAUGAAUCUGCAUCUGCUUUUUUCUAAAACCCUGGGGACCAGCGAGAUGGCUUAAGAGGUAGAAGUAUGUACUGUAUCGGGACAUAGUAGUGCACACUUUUAAUCCUUGGAGGUAAAGGCAGGAGGAUCUCUGAGUUGGAGGGCAGCCUGGUCUGCAUAAUAUCCGGGACAGCCAGGGCUACACAGAGAGACCCUGUAACACACACACACACACACACACACACACACACACACACACACCACACGUAGGUAUUGCACUUGCAGAACAUGCAAGUUCUGUUCACAGUAUUCAUCCACCCACUGCCAGCCAGCAGUUCGCAACUGCCUGUAACUCCAGCUCUAGGAGAGGUCUAGCCCCCUCUUCUGGACACCUCAGGUAUUUGUCCCCAUGGAGGCACACUAUUCACACAUGCACAUAACCAAAACGGAAACUUUUACAUCUAUAUUCCUGAAUAGAGACUGAAUUUUAAGAUCAUAGCUCAAACUGCCAGAACCCUCCACAUAAAAGGCAGAAAUGGCCCCUGCUUUCCACCGGUAAAGGAUGAGAUGUGAGAAAUGCUCUCUGCCUUCCUGGAGGGGCUUGGGGAAGUGGUACUGAGAAAGCAGAUGCAUUUAACUUUCAAAUGGUUGGUGGGACAAAAGCAAAGAUCUGCUUGGCUAGAAAUGGGAUUUCCUUUUAACCUCUGAAAGUGAGAAAGAGGGGGUGUUACCGCCACUCUUUGCACUCCUUAGCCAUUCUUUGGAUAUUUAAUGAGCUGGGUCAUUAGAUGUCCACCUGUGAUGGUUCUUAGAUGACUGCAAUUCAUUGCAAUGUUGCAAAAGGUUGACUUAAACUAAACAUUCCUCUAGUAGACCUGUGAACCCAGGAAACUCACUGAGAUUGAAAAUGUUAAACAUGAGGUGAAGUCCUUGGUGUUAUGAUGCUGUCUAAGAAAGCUGCUAUAGGACAUAGGCAAAGUCACCUCUUGCCUUGUAAAACUGGCUAUCUUCUAACUAAUAUGUCUUCUUGUGUUUGUGAGCUAGCUUGCUGAUAGAAUCCUGGUUCUAUUCAUACUUGGAUGUUGAGGUAAUUCAUCUUCUAUAGACAUUUGGUAUGAUCUCAUACUUGGUAUAAUUGACAAGAAAAAAAAACCAAAAUACAUCAGUUAGGCUGGGUUCUGUGCAGGCCUGAUACUUCACAAUGAUACAGGAAGAUCACACGUUCAAAAUUAGGUUGGUCUGGAGUGUGACUUCAAGGCCAUCCUGGGCAACUUAGACUCUAUCUCAAAAUAAAAGAUGAAAAGAGGACUGGGGUUAUAGCCUAAUGGCGGGGUACUUGCUUAGCGUGCUUGAAGGUUCAGAUUCAAUCAUUAUACCCCCCAAAAUGUAUUAACCAAUAUUAAGAAGGCAGAACCUCGGGGUGUCAAGGCACCUAUCAAGGGAGUGAGCUAUGAGUCAGCAGUGAACUGCUAAUGACUACAGUAGUCAUAAUGCAGCAAGAAUAUGCUCAGAUAAUUGGUUUUCUAAGACAGAAUCUCACUGUGUAGUCCUAGCUGUCCUGGAAUUCAGUUUGUAGACCAAGCUGCCCUUGAACUCCUGGGACAACUCCUAGAUGCUCCUUCCUCUGCCUCCUGAAUGCUAGGAUUAAAGGCAUAUGCUACCCUGCCUUGCUUUGUAGCCCAGACUGGCCUCAAAGUGAUGAGCCUCCGUGCCUUGGCCUCUUCAGAAUACGCUACUGAUGUGGGCCCCCACAGCCAUCUGGAUGAUUUCUGUUUUUAUGUAUUAUAAAAGUUUAAUUGCCACAAGGGAAAAUACUUAGGGUAGAGUUAAAGCCAGAGCUUUGUGAUUCCCCUAUGGGUUACAGGAUGCUGUGUAAAGAAUGUAUGAUUCUGUUAAGCAAUUUUGGCUGAAGAGAUGUCGAAUUUACAUGAGGUCCCUGGUAAUGUAGCAUUUUGCCCUGAUGUGCACUCUGGUCCAUUUGUAAGCUGUUCUUUCCUCCUUGCUAUGUUGUACGGUGGAUGCUUUGUAAGCCUCGGGGCUCCUGUGUAUAAGAAGCUGAUGAGGAAAAUAUUGCAGGAAGAGCUUACUUCUGCAUCCCUUGGGGUGUGCCUCUCCCUUGAGGGCCCACCAUCUACCCUGCCUCUCUCCAAGUACCUCAAGUCAUUUGAUAUCCCUGUGCCUCGCAUCCUCCACUGGUAGCACUGGGGUCUUGGGAGCCCUUGUGGAGCCCUUGUGAGCUUGAGGUGUCGAGCAGAUGGCACUGAAGUGGGACAGGCUUAUUUUGUUGGAUGAUUUGGUUUGGGACUUUGUACUUUGCUGGUUGGUUUAGGUAUAUCCUCAUGGAAUGUAAUCCUGUAGUCUAGCGGUUAUUGUCUAAACAUAGGCUGUUCGGGGGCUGGGGAGAUGGCUCAGAGGUUAAGGGCACAUGCUGUUCUUCCAGAGGCCACAAGUUCAGUUCUCAGCACCCACACUGGGUGGCUCACAGAUGCCCAUAAUGCCAGCUCCAGGCAGAUCGGGCAUCUCUAGCCUCUGUGGACACCUACAUUCAUGUACACAGAUACACAUACGUACACAUAACUGAAAAUCACGUAUUUGAAAAGUAGUUUUAAAAGAUUAAAAGUCAGGCUAGUGAGGUGGCUCGGGCUAAGGGUGCUCACUGCCAAGCUUGACCACCUGCGUUCCAUCCUGAAAUCCACAAAAUGGAAGGAGAGAACAGGCUCCCAAAAGUUGUUCUCUGACCUACACAGAGACAGAGAGAGAGACAGAGAGACAGAGAGACAGAGAGAGAGAGACAGAGACAGAGAGAGAGAGAGACAGAGAGGUGCAGCCCCCUUGCCCCACAAAAUAAAUAAAUAAUCCAUGUAAAACAAUAACAAGUAUUUAGUUUUAAAAAUCAAAACUAAUGGCGCUUAGUGCUCAUAAGCUUCAGUGCACAUAGAGUGUAGACACUAAAAAAGCAAGCGUGGGAUUGGGGUACAGCUUAGCAGUAGUGGGCUUGAUCUGCACGUCACAGCUCUGGAUUCAACUGGCAGCAAUGCAAAGGGAAGACAGAGGUUCACGUGUAUAUGCUGCCUGUGUAUAGUAUUUAAAUAGACAAGGAACUAAACUGCAGACUCUUAAGUCUGAAUCUGAGUCUUUAUUUAUUUUUAGGGGCUGGGGAGAUGGCUCACAGGUUAGGAGUGUGUGCUGCUCUUACAGAGAACCAGGAUUCAAUUCUUAGCGCCCAUAUGGGGCCGCUCAUGCCUGACUGUAACUCCAGUUACAGGCUCUCUGUCGCCCUCCUCUGGCCUCCAGGGACACUGCAUACCAAGCCAUGCAAAGUGCACUAAUUCAAUCUUGUUUUCACAGCCAUUAGGCCAUCACAAGGGAUUCUGGGAAACUGCAAAGACAAGCCCUUGCUAUUUGCCCAAAAGUCUGGGGGCUAUACUAGCUCCCUACCAUGGAGCAGGGGGUGUUCCUAAUGUGUAAUGGUGGAUCUGUCAUGGAAUCAAAGCUUUCACAUCUCCGUGUUGUAUCAACAGGUUCUAACCACAAUGUUUGUAAAUAAGUAAAAAGUACAGAUAAUAUGCAGCAUUAAUAACCUCUCAGGGAAAGGACUUCAAAUGGGCCACUAUCGGCUUGUGAUUUUAAACAAUAUGCUUAAUUUUCUUCACCAACAUUGGAAUGUUGGAGUGUACACCCCAUCGAUAGACUUACUCUCCACAGACUCGGAUGCAAAAAGAGCCCAGAGGGUUCCAAACUGUAGGUAUCUGCGUGCUUUCCUCUGCAGUACAGUUGUACGCAGCCAUUACCACAGGAAGCUUGGCCGUGGACAUCACAGCUCAAAGCCGUCCUUCAAAUGCAGUGUCUUCUGGUUCCUGAGAACUGGCAAAAGGCUGAUGACUGGGACGGUAGACAUUUCUGGAAAGAUACUCCUGUCAUUUAUAUAUGUCCACCUCAUUCUGUGGGAGGUUCAGGGAGUUUUCCCUGCAGGACUACGAGAGAGAAGACACCCUAGUUGUUUAGAAUUUGAGAAUUUUAAGACCUUAAGUUUAUAUGACUGAUGUAAAUAUUCGAAACGACAGCUCCUGUUGUCAGAUGACUUUAAAGAGUCUUUUGAACGUUCUGGUGCCAGAAAGCAGAGUUGAGUGUUGCUUGCGUGGCUAUGGAUGUAUUAGGUGUGUGGAAGCGUUCUAUAAAGAAAUACACAGAAACGAAAGUACUUGUUAAGGUGGUGAGGUUAUGAAUUGUGAAUUUUUCAAUGUUUUUAUUUCAUCUUAUAUUGCUUUUACAAUAAAACUUUAAAUGCUAUUAUCAUCUGGAAAAA